AUGUGGCCCAUCCGUUUCAUAGUCUGGGCCCUGGUACCCGCAUCGAUCCCAGUGCAUGCCUUCUCAGCGAAUGGCAGCUCGUGGCCGAUUCCAGCCAUCAAGGAUGUCCCCCGACGGGGUGACGAUUUUCAGCUUGAUCUCGUGAGGGCAGUCAUCCGCGGUGUGAAGAAGAUGUCCGAAGAUGAGGGGGAGAAGUUUUUCUUUGAUUAUUGGGACCUCCAAGGGACAGACGAGAUUGGUCUGACAACAACGAACGAGACAUGUAGCUCUCAAAGCUAUGAAACACGGGAGGCGCCGGAGAUCCAGCCUCGGGCAUAUCCCUUUCGGCCGUCUGUGCCGACUAAUAUGGGCUUCAGCCCGCUGUUUCGGCGAGAUUUCAAAUGCCCGACUGGCACUUUCGCUUGUGCCUACAUCUACACGGUGACAGUGACCUUGAGUUCCACCGUCAUAGUGUCCACUGCUACUCGGACCGUCCCUCCAGAGACAAGCCAGUUUUCGAGCAGCAGCAGCAGCAGCAGCAGCAGGACAACACAAUCCACGGGCGAACUGACGCCUCCAGCUCGACCUACCAGUCUCUCCACCGCCACCACCUCACAGAGCAGCCAGACAGGCUCAAUCUGUCCAACCGGAUUCUAUGCUUGUUCUGCUUAUUAUGAAGGAGGCUGCUGCCGCACAGGACGAGACUGUGACACUACGUCCUGCCCUGUGAAGGCAUCGUCGACCAUCACAUCGGACGGCCGUACCAUCGUGGUGCCAGCCCAAACGACAACUGCGGCGAGCGGAACGGGACGAUGCGCCAGCGGCUGGUUUAGCUGUGCAGACACUCAUUUCUUUGUUUAUCUCACUCCGGAUAAUCGCUUGCCCACCAUGUCGUCUAGCAACCAACAGCCUCUUCCGUUCGCCUACCAGUUCGUCGCCGGAGCUGUCGCUGGUGUAUCAGAGAUUCUUGUCAUGUACCCGUUAGAUGUGGUCAAGACGCGAGUGCAACUUCAGUCCAACCUUGCUACCGCCGCUGCAGAGGACAGAUACAAUGGCAUGUUUGAUUGCUUCCGCAAGAUCAUCAAGAACGAAGGAUUCUCACGUCUAUACCGCGGUAUCUCGGCCCCCAUCCUGAUGGAGGCUCCCAAGCGUGCGACCAAGUUCGCCGCCAACGACAGUUGGGGCUCGUUCUACCGGGGCCUGUUCGGCGUGCAGAAGCAGACACAGUCGUUGGCCGUGCUGACAGGUGCCACCGCGGGCGCCACCGAGGCCUUCGUGGUGGUGCCCUUUGAGCUGGUCAAGAUCCGUCUGCAGGACCGCGCCUCCGCGGGCAAGUACAACGGUAUGCUGGACGUGGUGCGCAAGAUCGUCGCCACCGAGGGCCCUCUUGCCCUGUACAACGGUCUCGAGUCGACGCUGUGGCGUCACAUCCUCUGGAACGGUGGCUACUUCGGCUGCAUCUUCCAGGUCCGCUCGCAGCUGCCCGCCCCAGAACCCGGCAACAAGUCCCAGCAGACCCGCAACGACCUGAUCGCCGGUACCAUCGGUGGUAUCGCCGGUACCGUCCUCAACACCCCCAUGGACGUCGUCAAGUCCCGCAUCCAGAACUCCCCCAAGGUCUCCGGCCAGGUGCCCAAGUACAACUGGGCCUGGCCUGCCGUUGGCACCGUCAUGAAGGAAGAAGGUUUCGGCGCCCUCUACAAGGGUUUCAUCCCCAAGGUGCUCCGUCUGGGUCCCGGUGGUGGUAUUCUGCUCGUCGUCUUCACCGGUGUCAUGGACUUUUUCCGUAAGAUGCGCAGUGAAUAG